AUGGACACCUCAGUGGUCUAUGCGGACUUAAAUAUACCCAGGACCUCAAGACCUAAAAAUACAUCAUCACCAGCCCUCCCCCGAGGUAGCUGCGCAGGCACCUGUCGGCACCAGCUGCUUGUGAGACUGGGCGGUGCCGCGCUGGUCCUUCUCAUCCUGGGCGUGAUCGGGUUCACUGUUUCAGUUCGAUUCUUAACCCAAAAGUCAUCAGCAGAACAAAGCAGUGUGGAUGUCCAAGAGAACAGGACUAAACCAACAGAGAAACCAGCUCUUUUAAAGUGUCCGGAAGAUUGGCAUAUAAGACAAAAUAAAUGCCUGCUGUUUCCUCAAGCUUCUGGCACUUGGAAGGAAAGCCUGGACAAGUGUACUUCAAAAGAGUCCACUUUGCUUCUGAUCCGAGAUCGAGAAGAAUUGACAGACAUACAGAACUUGGAAAAUAUUAAAGAAAAUUUAUUUUGGAUUGGACUAAGUUACACAUCGGAGAAAGUUUGGAAGUGGACAAACAACUCUAUUUUCAAUUCUGAUAUAUUGCAAAUCAUUGGGGUAGCUGAGCAAGGCAGCUGUGUAGCCAUCUCACUGGACAAAGUGUUUUCUGAGCACUGUGAAGCCGACAACAAAAUGAUCUGCCAAAGGGACAGUGAACGUGUUUGA